AUGAAUAGAGUAAACAAUACUGAAAUUGGUCCUGGUCCAGUUAAUCAACAACAACCGAGACUUGUUAGAGAACCACCUGAUGGAGUUCAGGCAUUAGCUGCUGAAGCUGCGCAGCGACAGGCAUUGCCACAACCAAAUCAAUUCGGUGCUGUACGCGAUAGGUUAUUUCAUGCGAUGCUUGUACGUGUAGCAAUUAGUUAUAAUCGACAUGUUCCUAUGUUGGGCAAGCGUUUCAUUGAAUUUUCGUCAUUAGUAACGGCGAUAGUGUUGCUCUCAGUAAUGGUUUAUGUACAUCAUUUUUUUGAUGAAACAGACAGCAACUGCUUAGCACCAUUCAUAGAUCAGUGGCCCAGAAAUGGUGUUUUGCGCGUAGAAGUUGUCAGAAAUUUGAAAAAAUUUAAUGCUUAUCAAGAUAGAUUACUAGAAAAAUCUUAUGAAAAACAUGGCGGAGGUAAUACAACAGUUUAUGACUUGAAACGUGUAUUGAUGAAAGGUCCUAGCGCUUUACCGAAAGAAUUACAAAGUAGACCUAAGCAUUACCAUCGAAAAAGGAGCGAUCAUUGGAGCAGCUUUUUAACUUCGGAAGACUCGUUAUUGAGUUUUUUUAUAAGAGCGGAUAAUAAUUUGAAAAAGAAGCUUUUUUUAGAGGAGUUAGACAACGAUGAGCUUGACUUUGAGUCACAAGAUUUGAUUGAUGAUUCGGAUGCGAGUUUUGAAUAUGUUGUGGAAUAUUCUUUGUAUUAUGGUUUGCUAAAGCUACCCCAUUCGUAUCGUCUUGAACACAACAUCCCAUUCCUUCUCGUUAGACUAGAUCCUGAAGUUGAUAGUUGUUUUGGUGACUGGAUCAGUCGUACACUGAUGAAGAAUUUUAUUGGUUAUGAGGAUGUAUUGAUGUCUUCAGUGAAAGCCUUGGCUGAAAAUGAAACAGACAAAGGAUAUUUGCGAGAUAUGAUCACCGGGGAGCAUUAUCGAUUUGUCACUAUGGGUAAUCCAAGAGCAAGUUAUUUCACUGCCUUGAUUGUCAUGCUGAUUUUUACGUUUGCGAUAUCGAUGUUGCUGCGUUUUUCGCACCAUCAAAUAUUCUUGUUUAUUGUUGAUUUAUUACAAAUGUUUGAACUCAAUCAAGCAUUGGUUUUUCCGGCUGCGCCACUCCUCACCGUUAUUUUGGCUCUGGUUGGUAUGGAAGCCAUAAUGUCGGAAGUAUUCAAUGAUACCUCUACUGCAUUUUAUGUGAUAUUGUUAGUUUGGAUUGCAGAUCAGUAUGAUGCUAUUUGUUGCCAUUCACCUAUUAGUAAAAGACAUUGGUUAAGAUUCUUCUAUUUGUAUCAUUAUGCAUUUUAUGCUUAUCAGUAUCGGUAUAACGGCCAAUAUGGUGGUUUAGCGUUACUUACUUCUACAUUUUUCAUUUUGCACUCAAUGAUCUUCUUCUUCCAUCACUAUGAGAUGCCUUUAAUUAUUUAUCACGAUAGGCUGCAGAGAAUUAUCAGUGACUUGCAACAUAGUCCGCAACCAGGUGAUGCGAUUGGUACUUCUCCAGGUCCACAAAUUGCAACAAACGUUCCUUCUAAUGCUGCAUCAACGUUACCAUCAACGAGAAAUGUAGCUGUUGAGAUUUCAGCAGAUAUAAGUUUAGAUAGCGAGGAAGCUUCAUCGUCCAGGGUUGGCGCUACUGCAAACGGUACGUGGUCAUCCGAAGCAGAAGAGAUACCAUCUCUAUCGCGCAAACAACAAACUGCAGCUGAAUUAGAUGAAGGUAGCAGCUCAAUGACUGGAAUCAGUAACUUAGCUUUGAAUGAUCCUUUAUUAGUGGCUGGUGAACGUACAGCACACGAAAUUGUUGGCACUGCUAUUGAUUGCGUAUUUAACUCAACGGUAACAACAGGAGGAGCGGAUAAUCUUCCUUUAUGA